UGAUGAUUAAUGAUGUGAAUAAGUGAAUGGAAAGAAACUGAAAGUAUGGAAAGAAAGCUUUAUGUGAAUAAGUGAAUGAAAGAAAGCUUUUUUUNUUAAUGUGCAAUGUUGAUCUGAAGGUAUAGUUUUUCCUGGCAGUCGCGAUCACCAACUUCAAGCACGGCCGCGGUCCGCUGAAGACCAACAGCGUCCCGAUUGAGUUGAUCCAGCACAGAUCAGCGGGAUUAGAAGGAGAUUUGGGCGGCGGCGUCUGGGAAGGAGUCGCGGCCGGCUUGUAUGGCGUCGUUCUGGGGACUGCACAUGGUGAGGAGAAAGUUUUGAUUGAAGUGUUUUUACAGAUGCCAAAAAAUGUGGAUGCUCUGAAAGAUGAACUUGCGAAAUUCUAUGAAAAUGAUGCGAUUGGAUCUAAGGACUUGUCGAGAAUUGUAAAUUUGUGUCAUUUUGACCGUUUGUCAACAGGACGUAACCAAUUUACCACUGCAUUGAAAAGUGGUGCACUACGCCAUGAUAUUCAUUAUUGGCUAGGUAAAGAUACCAGUCAGCCAUGUAUAAUAGCUCAAGAAGGUGGAGUUGCUUCGGGCUUCAAGCAUGUUGAGGCCGAAGAACAUCAGACUCGUUUGUUUGUUUGUAAAGGGAAGCAUGUUAUUCAAGUGAAAGAGGUGCCUUUUGCUCGAUCCUCUCUCAAUCAUGACGACAUCUUUAUUCUCGAUACAACAUCUAAAAUUUUCAAAUUCAAUGGUUCUAAUUCAUCCAUUCAAGAGAGAGCUAAAGCGCUAGAAGUUGUUCAGUACAUUAAAGAUACAUAUCAUGAUGGAAAAUGUGAAAUAGCAGCUAUCGAAGAUGGAAGGCUAAUGGCUGAUGCUGAGACAGGAGAAUUUUGGGGUUUCUUUGGUGGCUUUGCACCGCUUCCGAGGAAAACAGCCGCUAAUGAUCUGAACAUAACUGAUGCUGGUCCUUCUAAGCUCUUCUGUGUUGAGAAGGGGGAGGCAUUACCAAUUGAGGCCGAUUCUUUGACGAGGGAUUUACUAGACACACAUAAAUGCUUUAUUCUCGACUGUGGUGUGGAAGUAUUUAUUUGGAUGGGCAGAAAUACUUCUCUUAAUCAAAGAAAAGCUGCAAGCAGCACUGUUGACGAAUUACUGCGUGGUCAAGAUAGAGCCAAAUCGCAUGUAAGCCGUGUGAUUGAAGGAUUUGAGACAGUGACAUUUCGUUCAAAGUUUAAUUCAUGGCCUCAAACUGUUAGUGUAACCGUGUCUGAGGAGGGUCGAGGGAAAGUUGCAGCUCUUAUUAUGCUGUCUGUGAUGCUUGUAGCACUUCUAAAGCGCCAAGGCUUAAAUGUGAAGGGUCUUCUCAAAGCUGAAACUCCUAAAGAAGAGACUCAAUUAUAUAUAGAUUGCACAGGGGAUUUAAAGGUAUGGCGUGUGAAUGGUCAGCAGAGGACUCUUCUUUCAGGUUUCGAUCAGUCUAAAUUUUACAGUGGUGAUUGCUAUAUCUUUCAAUAUUCUUAUCCCGGAGAAGAUAAAGACGAACAUCUUAUUGGCACGUGGUUUGGGAAGCAUAGUAUUGAGGUUUGCAUCCACGAAGGAAAUGAACCACUCCAGUUCUUUGCAAUUUUUCAGAGCUUCAUUCUCUUCAAGGGUGGGCUUAGUAAGGGUUACAAAAAUCACAUUUCCGAGAAGGAACUUGAAGAUGAUACAUAUUCGGCAGAUGGACUUGCGCUGUUUCGAGUUCAAGGAAGUGGACCAGAAAAUAUGCAAGCCAUUCAAGUUGAUCCUGUGGCUUCAUCACUGAAUUCUUCCUACUGUUACAUACUACAUAGUGGAUCCUCUAUCUUUAUCUGGACAGGAAAUCUUACAUCAUCUGAAGCCCAAGAACUCGCUGAAAGGCAGCUGGAUCUUAUAAGGCCAAACUCACAAUCUAAAUUGCAAAAAGAAGGUGCCGAGAUUGAGCAGUUUUGGGAUUUGUUAGGUGGAAAAUCUGAGUACCCAAGCCAGAAAAUUGCAAGAAAAGCUGAAAGUGAUCCUCAUAUAUUCUCCUGCACCUUAACGAAGGGAGAUCUCAAGGUGACUGAGGUUCAUAAUUUCAAUCAGGACGAUCUAAUGACAGAAGAUAUAUUCAUUCUUGACUGCCAAUCAGAUAUUUAUGUGUGGGUUGGCCAACAUGUGGAGUCAAAGAAUAAGAUGAAUGCUUCAAGUAUCGGAGAGAAAUUCCUGGAGCGUGAUUUUCUUCACGAGAAUCUAUCUCUUCAAACCCCGAUAUAUAUUGUCAAUGAAGGGGGGGAACCAACCUUUUUCACUCGUUUUUUCUCUUGGGACUCCUCCAAAUCUGCUAUGCAUGGUAACUCAUUUCAAAGGAAAUUGGCUAUUCUUAAACAUGGAGGCACCCCAGUGGUGGAUGUGAGUUAUCCAAGUACAAUUCUUGGUCCCUCCCAUGGGACGACAAUAGUUUGGAUACGAUCUUCUCCCACGGAGCUACUUGUAGCAAUAGAUUCCCGUGGGACGGGAAAAGAUGGAGAUUAUGAAUUUCUGAUGACGGAUGAGGGACAAAAAUUUGUUCGUAUCGGAGAAUAUUUUGCAACUCUCUGUGGAAACGCCAGUAGAUGUGAUGCAGUGAUGAAGCACCUUAAGAAGUUUGUGAGCCAGCUGCCACAUAUGAGUUCGAACCUGCGUGACUUCGGCGAGGUGGCGAUGGGUUAUUUGAGAAAUUCAUACCAUCGUGGAAAGCAGUGCGAGGUGGAAAUACUCAUAGGCACUUGGUUACCAAAGGAAGAGGUAACUUCGUAAUUUUGAAUUUGACUAGGAAGAUGCACGUCGAUAUAAUUGUUUUUGUUUUACUUAAAUUUAUUUUUAUUAUUAGAUUAAAUUUAAUGGUAUAAUAGAAUUUUCUUUUCAUUAGAGAGAGGAUUAUAACCUUACAAAUCAUAAUAGGAAAUGAGCCCAUCAAUAUAAUAAAUAGGACUAGGUGAGUCAAUUAAGAUUAAAUUUUGGGAGGACUUGGUGUCUUUGAUUCAAGCAAUCCCUCAAAAUGAGAAUCCUUUUGGGAGGGGAUUUAAAUGGGCAUGUAGGGGAGAGAAACAUUGACUAUGAGAGGGUUCAUGAAGGUUUUGGUUUUGGAGUAUCAAAUAAUGUAGGCAAAAUUAUUUUAGACUUUUCGGUGGCGUAUGAUUUCAUUAUAUGUAACACUUAUUUUAAAAAGAGAGAGGAACACUUAGUUACAUACAAGACUGGCGCUAAUAUGUCACAAAUUGACUAUUUUCUAUGUGAUAAAAGAUUUUGGUGAGAAGGGUAGACACAUUAGAAUUAAGAAACGCAAAUUAAAAUGGGGAGGGGUAGAUCUAAGAAAACUU